UGUGUUGCGAAUAACACGUUCCCUCAACUGAGUGUUCGUUUCAAUCUGCAGUACAAUAUUCUCAAGUCUGGACCCUUGGAUCAGGGUCAUUUGCCAGAGGAGGAUUUUUUUCUUUUUUUUUUUUUUUUGCGGCUCUCGGUUUUUUUUUUUACUUCCUUCUUGGGCAGAAGACUGGUGUAAUAGAAACCAGACACAAGCCAGCAUGUGAGGCAUCCAUCCACUAUAGCGAGACCUCACUUCUUUGCAGACUAGGCUAACAGGAUAAGAAGGAAAUUCUCGACCAGGAAAUUAAGCCUCCGCUUUAGUUUUUAGUUAAUCUGGAUGUUAAUAUGACGGGAAAAAACAAGUGCUUAGGGGUGGAGUUGUCCCAUAAUGAGUCAGGCUGUGCAGAAAUAACUAGGGAGGACAAGUGAGGACUCCAGAAUGGGAAAUUCAUGUGCAACUUUUUCAGAUUGUAGUUAAAAGCUUGUAGGAGCAACAUGAGCUGGAGUUUUCUCACCCGCCUUCUGGAAGAGAUUCACAAUCACUCCACAUUUGUGGGGAAAGUGUGGCUCACUGUGCUCAUCAUCUUUCGCAUCGUACUGACAGCUGUUGGAGGUGAAUCCAUCUACUCUGAUGAACAAGCCAAAUUCACCUGCAACACCAAGCAGCCGGGCUGUGACAAUGUAUGCUAUGAUGCCUUUGCCCCCCUCUCGCAUGUUCGUUUCUGGGUCUUUCAGAUAAUCAUGAUUUCCACUCCCUCCAUCAUGUACAUGGGUUAUGCCAUUCACAAGAUAGCCCGAUCUUCGGAGGAUGUUCGCAGGAAGCACCAAAGGCUUCGCAAGAGGCCGCCUCCUCACACAAGAUGGAGAGAAAGUCAGCCUGUUGAGGGGGUCCUGGAGGAGGAAGAUGAUGACGCUGAACCAAUGAUCUAUGAGGAUCCACUGGAUGUCCAGGAGGGCAAGGUAGAUCCUGUGAGCAGCACUGGCAAAGACCCACCAAAACAUGAUGGCCGCAGAAAAAUCAUGCAACAAGGCCUGAUGAGAAUCUAUGUUCUCCAGCUCAUGUCACGAGCUAUUUUUGAAAUUGCUUUCCUAGCUGGACAAUAUCUACUGUAUGGAUUUCGAGUUAGUCCCUCUUAUGUGUGCAACAGGGUACCUUGUCCACACAGAGUGGACUGUUUUAUCUCCAGACCUACAGAGAAAACAAUCUUUCUCCUUAUUAUGUAUGUGGUGAGUUGUCUCUGUCUUGUGCUAAAUGUGUGCGAAAUGCUUCACUUGGGAAUUGGCACAUUUCGGGACACUCUUCACAUGAAGAGGAACCGCGACCGACGUUCCGCAUCCUAUGGCUACCCAUUUUCACGCAACAUCACAUCCUCCCCUCCUGGGUACAACCUUGUGAUGAAAACAGACAAACCCAGUAGGAUUCCCAACAGCCUCAUCCCCCAUGAGCAGAACAUGGCCAACGUAGCCCAGGAGCAGCAGUGUACAAGCCCAGACGAGAACAUCCCCUCCGACCUUGCAAGCCUGCAUCGACACCUGAGGGUUGCUCAGGAGCAAUUGGAUAUGGCCUUUCAAACCUACCAGACCAAAAACAACCAGCAGACCUCUAGAACAAGCAGCCCCGUUUCUGGGGGCACCGUGGCAGAACAAAAUCGAUGCAAUACAGUCCAAGAGAAGCACGGAGCGAGGUCAAGAUCAGCCACAGACAAGGCAGCAACCAUCGUGAAAAAUGUAAAGACCUCUGUAUGGAUAUAGAGAUUCAUCUAUUCUAGGAAACUGACGUUAAAAUGAAAGUAUCCAGAGUUCGAGAGCUGUAAAGGAUGAAGAGAGUUAACUAUGGACAGCAACAAACUAGAUUUGAAUCACGCUAAGAAAAGACAUAGGGACAUUAAUAGUCUAGUUUUGAAUAUAAAUAAAGAAGUAAGAACACAUAGACUUCAAAGUCAAUAUCAUAAAUCUUUACUGUAGUAGUAGAUGUUGGUUAUGGAUAAUAUGUACCUGCUUAGUUUAGCAUCUUUAAUUCCAGCUACAUUUCAUCGCAAACUUUUUCUCUAACAUAUCAUCACAGGAAAUUGAAAGGGAUUCACUUGGAGCAACUGAGAUUUGCAAUUAGCAAUUGUGGUGGAAAAUGGAAGUGAAGCACUUGAAUUGCACUAUGAAUCUUUUUUUUUUUACGUAGACUAUUGAUAGAAAAGUGCAUGUUUUACAUUUAGAUAAAUAUUUUUGGAUGAGAAGCAAUUUAAAUAGAACUAUUUUAAUAAUAGUAGAGAAGAAAUAAGGAUGUUUCUGGGAAACAUUUGCACAGUUUGGUGAUCUUCAGACUCAACAGUGUGCAAAGCCCUAAUCUGUGUGUCAUAAUUUUAAAAAAAGUAGUGAAUAAAUACAAACUGUAACAAUUCUCUCUACUAAAGAGUAAUAUCUUUUGAGUAGACUAUCCAUUAUUUACAGCUGGAAACUUGAACGAGUACAGACUGUAGUAGGAAUCCUGUUCCCAUUUAGCCAUUUAGAAAACUCGUCCUAAAUUCAGAUUGAUUCAAAUGGUGUUUUUUUCCUCUGUUAUUAAAAUGAAUUCAUAACAGGGAAUACUUCCUUCACUAUGUUCAAAUCUCAAAGUGCCUCAAACUCUUAAAGACUGUUUUAGCAUUCUUUCCAUGGUUAAAUUAAAUAAUUUGAAAUUUCAAAUCUUCUUGUUGUGCAGCAGAUCUUUGAUUCAGUGACUUAUUGCCCAAAUUAUGGCGUAUUCCUUGGAACACAAGUUGUCUAUACUUUGAUAACAGCUAUGCAGUGACAAUGCUGUUAAAGUAAAAAAAGAAUUUCAAGCUUAGACACUUUAGAAUACUUUAAUAAAAUAAUUUAGCUGAAAAUAAUUAUGUCACAUUUCACUAAUUGCAUUUAAAAAACAGUUUUCUAUAACUGGUAAAGAAUUUAAUCCAUAUUAAUACAACAUAGUAACACAAAUAACUUCAGAGCUUUUUAUUGCAGGCAAUAAAUCUGGCAAGAAUGACACUUCAUACUGAUAACUUCAAAUUAUGGCACCUUAUUUCCCAUAAAAUUAUUUUGAUUUACUCACAUAAGGUUAACAAUGUCUGCAGUCCAAAAUACCUCUUUCUGUGUGUGGUCAGACUUCAAAAACAGGAGGUUUUUGUCCAUUCUUCCGAGAAUUAAGUAGUGUAAAAUUAUGAUGAUUUCCCUUUUUAUACAAGAUAAAUAAAGGGAUUGAAAUAU